UCAACUUCUCUCACUCUCUCUAUCUCACUGAGAGAAGAGAGCCAAACCCCGCAAAACCCUAGAAAACUCGAACCGCCAUUGAAGCUCGGAAGGCUUCUUCGCGCGGAAGCACAAGCAGGCAAACUCUAUCUAUCUCUCUCUCACAAUCCUUGUGCAGAGUUUGAUACUCGAUUCGGUUUUGUUUCCGCAGUAUGUGGAACAACGGCCAGAUUGCGCCGCCUGGCACCGGCGGUUCGUCGAUCCCGCCACCGCCGGCGGCUCAGCCCUCUUACACGGUAUUGCCUUCCCCGGCUGAUGCCGAGGCCAGGCUCGAAGAGAAGGCCCGGAAAUGGCAGCAGCUCAAUUCCAAGCGGUACAGUGAUAAGCGCAAGUUCGGCUUUGUCGAGUCGCAGAAAGAGGACAUGCCUCCUGAACAUGUCAGGAAGAUCAUUAGAGACCAUGGGGACAUGUCUUCGAAGAAAUUUCGUCAUGAUAAACGAGUGUAUCUAGGAGCACUUAAAUUUGUUCCACAUGCAGUCUACAAGCUCCUUGAGAAUAUGCCAAUGCCAUGGGAGCAGGUCCGUGAUGUGAAGGUCUUGUAUCAUAUAACCGGGGCAAUUACAUUUGUGAAUGAGAUACCCUGGGUUGUUGAACCCAUCUAUUUGGCUCAGUGGGGUACGAUGUGGAUUAUGAUGAGAAGAGAGAAGAGGGAUCGUCGACAUUUCAAAAGAAUGCGGUUUCCGCCAUUUGAUGAUGAAGAACCUCCAUUAGACUAUGCUGAUAAUCUGUUAGAUGUUGAUCCCCUAGAGCCAAUUCAACUGGAGUUAGACGAAGAAGAAGAUUCCGCUGUGUAUACUUGGUUUUAUGACCAUAAACCUCUUGUUAAGACAAAGCUCAUUAAUGGUCCAAGUUAUCGGAAGUGGCAUCUUUCGCUUCCAAUCAUGGCAACCCUUCAUCGACUUGCAGGACAGCUACUUUCUGAUUUGAUUGACCGCAAUUAUUUUUACUUGUUUGACAUGGAGUCCUUUUUUACAGCCAAAGCACUGAAUAUGUGCAUCCCUGGUGGACCUAAAUUUGAACCCUUGUAUCGGGAUAUGGAGAAAGGGGAUGAGGACUGGAAUGAGUUCAAUGACAUUAAUAAACUCAUUAUUCGGUCACCUCUCAGAACAGAGUACAGAAUUGCAUUCCCUCAUCUCUACAACAAUAGACCCAGGAAGGUAAAGCUUUGUGUGUAUCACACACCCAUGGUGAUGUACAUAAAAACCGAGGAUCCUGAUCUACCUGCGUUUUAUUAUGAUCCAUUGAUACACCCAAUACCCAGCACCAACAAGGAGCGGCGUGAGAAGAAAACUUUUGAUGAGGAGGAAGAUGAUGUUUUUGGUUUACCGGAGGGGGUGGGACCAUUUCUGCAAGAUACUCAGCUUUAUACUGACACCACAGCUGCUGGAAUCUCCCUCUUGUUUGCGCCACGCCCUUUUAACAUGAGAUCUGGUCGGACACGUCGAGCAGAAGAUAUACCCCUUGUGUCAGAGUGGUAUAAGGAACAUUGUCCUCCGUCGUAUCCAGUUAAAGUUCGGGUCAGCUAUCAGAAAUUGCUGAAGUGUUUUGUGUUGAAUGAGCUACAUCAUAGACCACCUAAGGCUCAAAAGAAGAAACAUUUGUUUCGAUCUCUUCAAGCUACUAAAUUUUUCCAGACUACAGAGCUUGAUUGGGCUGAAGCGGGUCUUCAAGUUGUAGCAGGAUUAUACAUGCUAAAUCUAUUGAUUCAUAGGAAAAAUUUGAACUACCUUCAUCUUGAUUAUAAUUUUAAUCUGAAGCCUGUGAAAACACUGACAACAAAAGAGCGUAAGAAAUCCCGGUUUGGUAAUGCUUUUCAUCUUUGCCGUGAAAUCUUGCGGUUGACAAAGCUUGUAGUUGAUGCUAAUAUCCAGUUCCGUUUGGGUAAUGUUGAUGCCUUCCAAUUGGCUGAUGGCUUGCAAUACACAUUUUCUCAUGUUGGUCAGUUGACUGGAAUGUACCGUUACAAGUAUAGGUUGAUGAGGCAGAUUAGAAUGUGCAAGGAUUUGAAGCAUUUGAUUUACUAUCGGUUCAAUACUGGGCCAGUUGGGAAAGGACCCGGAUGCGGGUUCUGGGCACCAAUGUGGAGGGUAUGGUUGUUCUUCCUUCGGGGCAUAGUUCCUCUUCUAGAACGGUGGUUGGGAAAUUUACUUGCAAGGCAAUUUGAAGGGCGGCAUUCGAAAGGCGUGGCAAAGACUGUAACUAAGCAGCGUGUCGAAAGCCAUUUUGACUUGGAGCUUCGAGCUGCUGUCAUGCAUGACGUUCUUGAUGCCAUGCCGGAGGGCAUCAAGCAAAACAAGGCAAGAACUAUCUUGCAACAUCUGAGCGAGGCGUGGCGUUGCUGGAAAGCAAAUAUUCCUUGGAAGGUUCCUGGUUUGCCAGUUCCUAUUGAGAAUAUGAUUCUUCGUUAUGUCAAAUCAAAGGCAGACUGGUGGACAAAUGUUGCCCACUAUAAUCGCGAGCGCAUAAGAAGAGGUGCUACAGUAGAUAAGACAGUUUGUCGGAAGAAUCUUGGAAGAUUAACUCGCCUUUGGCUAAAGGCAGAGCAGGAGCGACAGCACAAUUAUCUGAAAGAUGGUCCAUAUGUUACACCUGAAGAGGCAGUUGCAAUCUACACGACAACCGUGCACUGGUUGGAGUCGAGAAAGUUCAGCCCCAUUCCGUUCCCUCCAUUGUCAUACAAACAUGAUACAAAGCUACUUAUCCUUGCUUUGGAGAGGCUGAAGGAAUCUUAUAGCGUGGCUGUAAGAUUGAACCAGCUUCAAAGAGAGGAGCUGGGUCUCAUUGAACAAGCCUAUGAUAAUCCACACGAGGCAUUGUCACGAAUUAAGCGUCACUUGCUCACUCAGCGUGCCUUCAAAGAAGUCGGUAUUGAGUUCAUGGAUUUGUAUAGCUAUCUUAUUCCAGUUUAUGAGAUUGAACCUCUUGAGAAGAUUACGGAUGCAUAUCUUGAUCAAUAUUUAUGGUAUGAGGGUGACAAACGUCAUCUCUUUCCAAACUGGAUCAAGCCUGCAGAUUCUGAGCCACCCCCGCUCUUGGUUUAUAAAUGGUGUCAGGGAAUAAACAAUUUACAGAGCGUAUGGGACACAAGUGAGGGGCAGUGUGUGGUGAUGCUUCAAACGAAGUUUGAGAAGUUCUUUGAAAAGAUUGACUUGACAAUGCUAAAUAGGCUUCUACGUCUUGUCCUUGAUCAUAAUAUUGCUGAUUAUGUCACUGCAAAAAACAACGUGGUAUUGUCUUACAAAGAUAUGAGUCAUACAAAUUCUUAUGGUCUUAUACGUGGUCUUCAGUUUGCAUCGUUUGUUGUACAAUAUUAUGGGCUUGUGUUGGAUCUGUUGCUUCUUGGAUUGACUCGAGCCAGUGAGAUUGCUGGUCCACCCCAAAUGCCAAAUGAGUUCAUCACUUAUUGGGACACAAAGGUUGAGACUCGGCAUCCUAUCAGGCUGUAUUCUCGAUACAUAGACAGGGUGCAUAUCUUGUUCCGCUUCACUCAUGAAGAGGCUCGGGACCUUAUCCAGCGAUAUCUGACUGAGCAUCCAGAUCCCAAUAAUGAAAAUAUGGUUGGAUACAAUAAUAAGAAAUGCUGGCCAAGAGAUGCUCGAAUGAGGCUCAUGAAACAUGAUGUCAAUCUUGGAAGGAGUGUUUUUUGGGAUAUGAAGAACCGUCUUCCUCGAAGUAUCACCACUUUGGAGUGGGAAAACAGCUUUGUUUCUGUUUACAGUAAGGAUAAUCCAAAUUUGCUUUUCAGCAUGUGUGGGUUUGAAGUUCGAAUACUUCCCAAGAUAAGAAUGAGUCAAGAAGCAUUUAGCAACACGAGGGAUGGGGUCUGGAAUUUGCAGAAUGAACAGACAAAGGAGAGGACUGCAGUUGCUUUCUUACGGGUUGAUGAUGAACACAUGAAGGUGUUUGAAAAUCGUGUGAGGCAGAUUCUUAUGUCUUCAGGGUCUACAACAUUUACAAAAAUUGUCAACAAAUGGAAUACAGCACUUAUUGGUCUUAUGACUUAUUUCCGUGAAGCAACUGUACAUACACAAGAGCUGUUGGAUUUGCUGGUCAAGUGUGAAAAUAAAAUACAGACCCGUAUUAAGAUUGGGUUGAAUUCAAAGAUGCCUAGCAGGUUUCCGCCUGUCAUUUUCUACACACCAAAAGAAAUUGGAGGACUUGGUAUGUUAUCUAUGGGUCAUAUAUUGAUUCCACAAAGUGACCUCCGAUACAGUCAGCAGACGGAUGUUGGUGUGACUCACUUUAGGAGUGGAAUGAGUCAUGAAGAGGACCAGCUGAUUCCAAAUCUUUACCGGUACAUACAACCAUGGGAGAGUGAAUUUAUAGAUUCACAGCGUGUUUGGGCAGAAUAUGCACUGAAAAGGCAGGAAGCUCAGGCACAAAAUAGGCGUCUAACGCUUGAAGAUUUGGAAGAUUCAUGGGAUAGGGGAAUUCCACGAAUAAAUACUUUGUUCCAGAAGGACAGGCACACUUUAGCAUAUGACAAAGGGUGGAGAGUUCGCACAGAUUUUAAGCAGUACCAAGUCUUGAAACAGAAUCCUUUCUGGUGGACACACCAGAGGCAUGAUGGAAAAUUAUGGAACUUAAACAACUACCGAACUGAUGUUAUUCAAGCCCUUGGAGGUGUUGAGGGAAUCCUUGAGCAUACAUUAUUCAAAGGAACAUACUUUCCUACUUGGGAGGGGCUCUUCUGGGAGAAGGCAUCUGGUUUUGAGGAGUCGAUGAAGUAUAAGAAGUUGACCAAUGCACAAAGAUCUGGGCUCAACCAAAUCCCCAAUCGUAGGUUUACUCUUUGGUGGUCACCUACCAUAAAUCGUGCCAAUGUUUAUGUCGGUUUCCAAGUGCAGCUAGAUUUAACUGGAAUCUUCAUGCAUGGCAAGAUUCCGACCUUGAAGAUUUCACUGAUUCAGAUAUUCCGUGCUCACUUGUGGCAGAAGAUUCAUGAAAGUGUUGUCAUGGAUCUCUGUCAGGUUUUGGAUCAAGAGUUGGAUGCGUUGGAAAUUGAAACAGUGCAGAAGGAAACAAUACAUCCCAGGAAGAGUUACAAAAUGAACAGCUCCUGUGCUGACAUUCUUCUGUUUGCUGCUCAUAGAUGGCCAAUGUCGAAACCUAGUCUAGUAGCUGAGCCAAAGGAUGUGUUUGAUCAGAAAGCUAGCAACAAGUACUGGAUAGAUGUACAACUCCGUUGGGGUGACUAUGAUUCCCAUGAUAUUGAGCGUUACACCCGAGCUAAGUUUAUGGACUAUACCACUGACAACAUGUCUAUCUAUCCUUCUCCCACAGGGGUGAUGAUUGGUCUCGAUUUGGCUUAUAAUUUGCAUUCUGCAUUUGGUAACUGGUUUCCUGGGUCAAAACCCCUGCUUCAGCAAGCAAUGAACAAGAUCAUGAAAUCAAAUCCAGCCUUGUAUGUGCUGAGGGAGCGAAUAAGGAAAGGAUUGCAGCUCUAUUCUUCUGAGCCCACGGAACCAUAUUUGUCAUCCCAAAACUAUGGAGAGAUCUUCAGCAACCAAAUUAUUUGGUUUGUUGAUGACACAAAUGUUUAUCGUGUUACGAUACAUAAAACAUUUGAAGGAAAUCUCACGACAAAACCCAUCAAUGGAGCUAUUUUCAUAUUCAAUCCAAGGACUGGUCAGCUGUUCCUGAAGGUUAUCCACACAAGUGUCUGGGCAGGACAGAAGCGUCUUGGUCAAUUGGCCAAGUGGAAAACUGCUGAAGAAGUUGCUGCACUUGUGCGCUCUCUGCCUGUUGAAGAACAGCCGAAGCAAAUUAUUGUGACUCGUAAGGGAAUGUUGGAUCCAUUGGAGGUUCAUUUGCUUGAUUUCCCCAACAUAGUCAUAAAAGGAAGUGAGCUGCAGCUUCCUUUCCAGGCUUGUCUGAAGAUUGAGAAAUUUGGUGAUCUGAUAUUGAAGGCAACUGAACCGCAGAUGGUUCUGUUCAACAUUUAUGAUGAUUGGUUGAAGAGUAUUUCAUCAUACACUGCAUUCUCCCGACUAAUUCUGAUUCUUCGUGCACUUCAUGUAAACAAUGAGAAGGCAAAGAUGUUAUUGAAGCCUGAUAAAACAGUCAUUACUGAGCCACACCACAUCUGGCCUUCUCUUUCUGAUGAUCAAUGGAUGAAGGUUGAGGUUGCUCUAAGGGAUCUCAUAUUAUCUGACUAUGCAAAAAAGAACAAUGUGAAUACAUCGGCCUUGACACAAUCCGAGAUCCGUGACAUUAUACUUGGAGCUGAGAUCACUCCACCUUCUCAACAAAGGCAGCAGAUUGCAGAGAUAGAAAAACAGGCUAAAGAAGCCAGUCAGCUGACAGCAGUCACAACAAGGACUACGAAUGUGCAUGGUGAUGAACUCAUUGUCACCACUACGAGUCCCUAUGAGCAAAAUGCUUUUGGUUCCAAAACAGAUUGGCGUGUCAGGGCAAUAUCAGCCACAAAUCUAUAUCUUCGUGUCAAUCAUAUAUAUGUGAAUUCAGAAGAUAUAAAGGAAACGGGUUACACCUAUAUUAUGCCGAAGAACAUUUUGAAAAAAUUCAUCUGCAUUGCGGAUCUGAGGACACAAAUUGCCGGUUAUUUGUAUGGGAUAAGCCCUCCUGACAACCCUCAGGUUAAGGAGAUUCGUUGCAUUGCCAUGGCACCACAGUGGGGGACCCAUCAGCAAGUUCAUCUUCCAUCAGCUCUUCCUGAGCAUGAUUUUCUCAACGACUUGGAACCUUUGGGAUGGAUGCACACGCAGCCGAAUGAGCUUCCUCAGCUUUCUCCACAGGAUCUCACCACUCAUGCAAAGAUUUUAGAGAACACCAAGCAAUGGGAUGGGGAGAAAUGCAUCAUCUUGACCUGCAGUUUCACUCCAGGUUCCUGCUCGUUAACUGCAUACAAACUUACUCCAUCUGGUUAUGAGUGGGGACGUGUCAACAAAGACACCGGAAGCAAUCCUCACGGAUACCUUCCCACUCAUUAUGAGAAGGUCCAGAUGCUUCUCAGUGACCGCUUCCUUGGUUUCUAUAUGAUUCCGGACACUGGGCCAUGGAACUACAACUUCAUGGGGGUGAAGCAUACGCCUAGCAUGAAGUAUGGCAUCAAGCUUGGGACCCCUAGGGAGUACUAUCACGAGGACCAUCGGCCGACCCAUUACCUUGAGUUCAGCAACUUGGAGGAGGGUGACACAGUGGAGGGUGAUCGCGAUGAUACCUUCACGUAAACGUUUGUUCUGGCAUGUAACACAGCCUUUUUUGUUGUAGCAAUCCAUUUAGCAAUUAAUAUGCUUGUGCACCUGUAAAGCUACUAGUAAUGUUCAUGUUUUUAGACGAGGCCUGUAAAUAUUUGAUCUAGAGGCAAAUUACAAGUUUUGUUACCGAAGAUAUGAAUUUUAUUUUUCUCUCUCCCUUUCUCCUUGAGUUGGGAGGCAGAAUCCUUGUAUUACAACUUUUCACUAAUUUCUAGCCAAGUUUAGAAAUAUGUGCAUGUGUUUUCGGGGAUUUUGUCA